GGGAGAGAGGGAGUGAGUGAGUUGGGAGAGGAGAGGGAAGGAGGUUUAAAAGCAAUUGUUAUUGAAGCAUUUUCACUUCAGUCCAAGGAGGUGCAGCUGGGGUUGGAUAUCGAGAGCUGAGAUCAACUGGAGAGAAGAAAGAACCACACAGACAAAGCUAAAGGAGAUGGCAGUGCAUCAAGAACAAAUCCACCACACACUCCAAUUUACCAAUGUGCCAACAGAACCCAGGCAAACAGCUGUGAAUUUGCCUAUGUAAGAGUAGAAGUAACAUCUCUGUCUAUUUUGUUGCUGGGAAAUUUCCUCACCUUUGUAUUGGUGCCAAAGUGCCAGUAUGAGGAAAACAAGUACAUUCAGCCAGCCAGGGAUUGUGCUUCUUCUGGUCACAUGUCCUCUGCUGAGCAUUCUGCGUGGAGUUACCUGUAAGGCUGAGAGUGGACACCUUGGGGACUCCGAUCCUGACAGGUGUAUGAGACACCAUUUUGUAGAGACCAUCACACAUCCCAUCUACAAGUGCAACUCCAAGAUGGUACUCCUGGCUCGCUGUGAAGGUCACUGCAGCCACACAUCUCGUUCAGACCCUCUCAUUUCCUUCAGCUCUGUUCUUAAGCAACCAUUUAAAAGUACAUGCUUCUGUUGCCGCCCGCACACCUCCAAGCUGAAAGCAGUGCGUCUGCGGUGCUCUGGUGGGAUUCGAAUAACUGCCACCUACCGAUACAUCCUUGCAUGCAGCUGUGAAGAAUGCAACUGAACGGGCUUGCCAAGAAGAAGGAAAUGGCUAUGCCCCAUUUUAUAUGUGUUUUAUUGCUGUCCAUAUUAAACAAACUAUUACACGAUUCAUUAGAAGUGCUGGUAUGGAUGGAGAUUAAGCCAGCAGCAUAAAAAACUAAGAAAAGAAACAUUCACGAGUCGGUUGCACCUGGGCCUGCUCUCUGCCAGUUGAUUAAUUUCUAAUGCAUUCCACUGCUUUGAUCACAGCAUGUGAAAAAUUAUGGAUGCUGGCAACAACUUUGCAGUUUAGGGGCGUUAUGAGAGAACUUAGAAGGAACUGUAUCCGUUCGAGCUGGAGACAUUCCAAAGAAAGCGAGAGAACUCUCGGGAAUUGUUCACAGGUUGCAGAGAUGCCAGGGUAAUGUCUCUAUUGCAGCUGUUGGACAUUGAAAUGUCAGUGCUCUGACUAUAUGUGGAAAAUGGCCAUUUACUGUAAGUCUGGUCAAAUAUAGCAUGUACGGUUCAUAUCAUUACAUUGAACAGGAAUGAGUUGUCAAAGGAAUAUUAAAGUUUAUAAUGACAGAAAUGCCCAUUGGGAUCCUUUGUUAAAAAUCAUCAAUGAAUGUUGCAUUUGUUUAAGUUACCAUCAGAAUUUCAUUAGUUUACAAUAAGACAGAGCAGCCUUCUAUAAAAUGUUUCUGUCGUGCUUUGCUGUAAUUGUACCCUUUGCAAAGUUGCACAGAGUUAAGUAAUUAUAAAAAAAAACAAAAACAAAAAAAAAACUGACAGCUGUGUUGACUCCACAUGUGAAUCUAAUAAAUUACUUCCUUUUGUUUGUACACACUGUGUUGUUGGACAUCGUAACCUUAUAUUAUUAUCUGGGUGAAGGCCCAGAAGGGUAGGUAGAACUUUUUACUAAGAACAUGACUUUUUUGGACUGUUUUUCUUUUAAACCACAAUAACUCAUUGCACAGUUUUCAAUUCAUGCUUAUGUUUAAUUUCAUGGCUGCUCUGAAAAGCUUCUCCUGUUAAAUAUGUAAUGAGUGAGGCAUUCCCUUAUAAACUGUUAUCCUAGCCUAAUGAUAUAAUGUAUAUAAUUCUAUUAAUUCUCUUUAAAAACAAAGUGAAAAGUGAAAGAUAAGUUAUUACUGUGACAAACAGAAUAAGGUAACUAGUCCAUAUCUAUGUCUUAUAUAGUCUGAGAUAAUGUAAAAGACAAAAAUAUUACACAGCUAUUCAGCUAUUAUGAGCUGCAUUUCUUUUUUAUUUUCUACAGAGCUCAAAAAAU